AAUGUCAAAAUGUCACUGGAAGGCAAAAAACAAGUUACCGUCUGGUUUGGACUUAACUCUGGUUUUACUAAUUAAUAACGUAGCAUACAUAAGUGACGGCACGACGAGACUAUAGCAGACAAAAACUACGCAAAGCUCGAAACCGGUCAGUUUUCCUCGUUCGCUUCGCUCAUACCAUACCGAGGCUAGACAUCAGUUGUCGCACGAUGUUGAAUACGUGUUUACAUUGAAAACCCUGCGGAAUUAACUCGAUAAAUUCAUAAUUCAAGUGAAGUGUGGUGUUAAAAACUAUUACAAAAUAAUCAACAUGCGUUUUUACGUGAUAACAUUUGUGUUUCUAACCAUAUCAUUGUGUCAUGGACAAAACAGUGCCCCUAUAGUUCCGAAUGUCGAUUUACGCAAAGGAUUAUCAGAAAAAAUCGGUAAUUUUUCCGUCGAACUUUUGUAUCACACAUCCAAUGUGCAAGCAAAAAAUUCUAACCUGAUCGUAUCACCAAUAACUGUGUGGACGGUUUUAGCUGUGACUGCAGAAGGGGCGGCGGGCGAAACACUCAAUCAAAUAAACAAUGUUAUACGCGUUACCAUGAGAAAUCGUGAUUUAGUACGUAACGAGUAUAAAAGUAUCGCACAAUGGCUCCAAGUAAAAACGAGUGUUGUUGAACUUGCAAAGGUGAAUGCAAUGUUCGUAGACGUGGGUGGUCUUCCCUUACAAGACUUUAUUGACUCUGCCAAGAGUGAUUUCGAUACUGACGUUGUUCCUCUAAACUUUACCCAAUCUGAAUUGGCGUCUGAAUUAGUGAAUAGAGUUAUUGCCAAUGUCACACAUGGCAGAAUAGCAAAAUUGGUGGACAGCAGUUAUUUUGCUAAUUCACGUCUGAUUUUGACUAGUGCGGUAUAUUUUAAAGGACAGUGGACUGUACCUUUCAAUGCAUCUUCUACAACCAAAAGUCCAUUUUUUAGUGAAGAUGGCAAACAAAUUGGGGAAGUAAACAUGAUGUACAACAGAUAUACAUAUCCAUUUGCAAACAUACCAGAGAUACAAUCUAGAAUAUUAGAACUACCCUAUGGAACAGAAAACCGACUCUCAAUGGUUAUAAUGUUACCACAUCCUGGUGUCUCCUUAGAGAAAAUGUUCUUUAAUUUCAAUAAUUUUACUUUAGACAAAAUGUUCCAAGAAUUGAAAACUGCUCGAGAAGACUAUGGGGAUGAUGAAGUCAGUUGUUUCCUUCCACGAUUUAAAAUAGAAUCAAAUAUUGACCUCACACCAAUCUUGAGAGAUAGAUUAGGUAUUGUUGAUCUCUUUGACAGUUCCAAAGCUAGAUUAUACCGUAUGGCAAGGAUGCCUUUGUAUGUCUCAAAAAUUAUACAUAAAUCUGAAAUAGAAGUCACCGAAAAGGGAACUACUGCUAGCGGAGUUACUGUAGCUGAUUUCAGUAACCGCUUUGGAGUUACAACAUUUAAUGCUAACCGUCCAUUUAGUUAUAUGAUUAUUGAGAAAAUUACUAAUACAAUAGUAUUUGGAGGAAUCUAUCAAGAACCAUCAUUAUACUAAUAUGGGGCAAACCAAACUACAAUAUAAAUACUUAGAAAUGUUACUAACCAAUUAAAAUUCUAUUUGUCUGUGAUGCUACUCUCUGUAUUUUUGUUUGAUUCCUAUUAUUGUUCUUUUGUUAUAUAAUACACAUUAAUAUUUGGAUAUUGUAAUCUGAAAUACUCACACAAAAUGAUUAAGCAUGAGUUAUUAGUACUGACAGUAGUAGUUGUUGUGUGUCUAAAGAAAGCAUGUCAUUGCUAUGAGAUCAUUUAUUAAUAAGUAACACUCAAGAAAUAUACCAUGAUCUCUUUAUAUAUCUCUAAAAUAGAUAUUGUAAAGUUACCUUGUUCAAUUAUAAACGUAUUUUUCAAUGAUAAUUGAUCAAAUGAAGGAUUUAGUAUGUAUUUGUAUUAAAGUUUGAUAUAUUUGUAGAAGUAAUGGAUUAUAAAUGUUAUUUUAAUGAAUGUGACAUUAAGAUAAAUUGAGAAAAUAUUAGUGUAAGUACUGUUAACAAACAGCACAUCAGGUAACAAUAAAAUAUUAAAAACUUUGAUAGUUACAAACUGAUUUAAUAACUUUAAUAUUUUAUUGUAAUAAAUGCAAAACUGUUUCUCCACUUGAUUUUAAACCUUAAUAUAAUCUAUUGAGGAAAUUUUACACUAUUCUUUAGCACUAAGUGGUGAAAUUUAAUUUGAAAAUUUAUAGAAUAUUCAUAAUUACAACAAAUAAAGGAUUAUUUAAUAUUAGACUUUUUUUGUAAUUAAUCAAAAGAAUCAAUAUUAUGAGUUCUGUUCUUUUCCAUAGUUAUGAUUACCUAUUUUCUUAAGUGUAAAUAGUUAAAGAUCAGAGGUCAUCAAUAUAAUCUGUCUAACUGCCGGAAAUGACACUUAUCUCAAUGUCGUAAAGAAUGUUUUUAUAUUAAAUUAGACUAAUAGUCAUUCCAUGUUUGUAAAAUCAAUGUAAAAUACAGAUUUGUACUACAAGACUUACGGUCAGUUGCACAAACGUUAAGGUUUAAUGACGCCUUUAAUCUCUAAUGAAAAAUGGACGUUUUGCAACUGGCUGUUAAUGUUACUGAAUCUCAUGUUGUGAAAAAUAAAUUUAAGAACAAUUUUUGUAC